GUAACUAAAGACAAAAAUAAUACGCAUGGCGGCCGUGUGACAUUCGAACUUGCGCUGAGGGACAGUAAUUUCAGUAAUUACGUCAAGGCAAGCCAGCGAGGAACUCGAGACCGCUGCAUAAGAGACAAACUGCAAUGUGACCCUUAACUGCAUUGUGAACUGGACCCCUCGUCAUUUUUGUUUGAAUAAGGAUAAGGCAGAAAAAAAAUGAUGAAACCAGUCACUGCUGCUGGAAUCGCCCUUGGUGCUUCCCUCGUCGGGGCAGGGGCGCUCGCCCUUUACUUUUUGCUCAGAGAGGACGAAGACAGACUUCCGGCCAUCGGCUACGUUCAGGGAUCAAGAGUGCGGAGGAACAAAGAUGUGAUCGACGUGUUCAUUCCCGAGGAAAAGGUGGCCGUGUUCAUCGGCCGAGCAGGAUCGAACCUCAGGGAUUUGGAAACCAGGACCAAAACUAUAAUUUCUUACAAGACAGAAAGCAAAGACGGUCGAUUUGUCAUCUACACUAUCCAAGGAAAGGCUGAUAGAGUUGCAGAGGCAGAGACUGUCAUUAGUGAAUUUCUAGCUUGCCAGCCAGACCUCAGAAAUAUCGAGAUAAUCGUUCCAAAGAUGGCCUUGGGGAGAAUCCUCGGCAGAGAAAAUGCCACCCUUCUGAACAUGCAGCAAAUUUCUGGAGCUAAAAUUAAGAUAGACGAGAAAGGGUCCAAAACUGAUGAUGUGGUAGUUAGUUUUCAUGGCACUUGUCGUCAAAUCAGUUUGGCAAAGUCUCUGGUUGAGGAAAAGGUGGAGGAAGAUAGGGAGCUUCGGGAGGGCAUCCUGCAAAGAGUUAGGUCUCCCCGCUCGCCUGCCAGACAGUUUUGCAUAACCAACAGUCCUUAUAAAGAUACCUCUGUCACUGGAAGCACUCGUCCAGUGGAAAAGCUCAAUGCCACGACAAUGAAUGGAUUUUUGGAAGUCUUCGUUUCUGCAGCUAAAGACCCUGGAAGAUUUUGGAUACAGAAAGUUGGACCUGCCAGUGUUGAGUUGGACAAGCUUGUGGACAAAAUGACUGAGUUCUACAAUCAGGAAGAAAACUUGGAAGUCUACAAGCCAAAAGAGGCCAUGGACGUUGGAGCAUUGGCAGCUGCACAGUUCUCUGUAGAUGGCAAGUGGUACCGAGCGUUCGUGAAAGACGUAGUCGUUGAUGACUACGACCCUCUACAAAGCAAGCUUGACGUUUUCUUUGUCGACUACGGUGACGACGAGACCAAAGUGCAAAGCGACGUUUACAACCUUAACAGUCAAUUCCUGAGACUCCGGCACCAGGCCAUUGAGUGUACUCUGGCUGGAAUUGUUCCCAAUGGUGGAGUCUGGACAGAGGAGGCAACAGAUCUUUUUGCCGAAUUGACUUAUGCGUCCCGAUGGAAGGUUGUCAUGGCCAAAGUCCAAGGGUUCAGAGAGCAACCAAAGGAGAGAGCCUCGAGUCCAAUUCCUCAAGUAGUGUUAGUUGACACAAGUGGUCCAGAGGAUGUGGACGUUGCUGUAGAGUUGGUGAAGCACGGCUUUGCUAAUAGACCGUUGCCAAAGAAGCCUGGCACUGUCAUCGUCCCUGCCGGAGAAGAGGACAACAACUCGGAAGACGGUUUCUUCGAAUGAAUGUAUUGUGCUGCAGAUUUAUAGUUAGAGUUAACUAGUGUACUUUGAACAUAGAUCUUCCUCACUGUCAGUCCAUCCUAGUUAAGAACUUUUACAUCAAAUUAUUAACCUUGUGAUUGUGGAUGUUAAGAGAACCUCAAAACUGGGUUUAACUUAAUAGUCUUGGUACUGAGAGUAUUAUUUACUUGGCCAAAGUUUAAACUUAUUACAAGUUAAUUUUCCUAUUACUCGCUGAAUUCAUAAAUUCAAUUAGUUUUUAGGGGUAUGAAAAAUUAAUAAGUCGUAAGCUACAAUGCAGGUUUCUUUAAAGGAAAAAUUUAAACCAAGGUUUGAGGUUGUUAUUUAUGUCAAUAUCGGAGGACGAAUCUCUUAAAUGUCUAGGGAAUGUUUCAUUUUUACUUUAACAUUUUUAUCCUUGAGCUGAUUUUAUUUUCUGUAAAUUUUGUCACGCACAGAUUGAUCAGCAGCCAUUAUCAAUGCCAUUUUUUCAAUCUUAUGCUCACAAUGGCCUUGGACGCAAUCUGUCUCGAGGUUGGAAGCAAUAACGUUCCUUAUUUAUGAUGCAACAAAGGCAGCCUGCUCAGCAGUCCUAUUUUUCUUAAAUUUUUAUGGAUGCCAUUAAGUGAGUUUUUAUGUAAUCUCCCAUUGCAAGUCUUGAACUUGCUUAGGCUGUGGCGUCGCCAUCUGAUGAUUUUUGUAUUUUGAUUAAUUUUAACAAACUCGCAUUUCCAGACUAAAAUCUGUUGUGAUCUUCGCAGGGAGAUGCGAAAAGUGUUACCUUAAUAUUAAUAAAAUAUGUAAGAAUGAUUAGAACUAUUUUAAACUUGGCUUUUUUAUAAAUC